UGAUGAACUGUCACAAUCAUUACAGCAAGUUCAUUAUAGCGGGGUGUUUAUAGCUGGGCUGGUUGCCGUUGGUUAACAGCACCACUUAUUUCGUUAUAAGAUAGUUUUCAGUCUUUGAUAAUCCUAGACUCUUCACGCGUACAGCAUUUCGUACAGUGGCGAGAAAAUGAUAAAUUUUGCGAUUCCAGUACGGUUUUAUGCGGAGAAUGGUUAUUACCGUAUUUAUACGAUUUAGUAUACAGCUUAAAAAGCCCUCGGAUAUUUUAUGACAGUAUAAAGUUGUUUUUCAUAUAUCGUUUAUCUUAAAAGGCACGGAAGAAUACAGCAGGAUAGGAGAAAGACUGUAUUUAACGAGCUCAGCCGUUGCGGGGGGAAACGCGUUAGGAGUCGGAACUGCUGGGGCAUUAUGGUCCAGGAGACAUUUCUGGAAAACUGUUUUGUUUUAACAAGUCAGAAGAGGAAACAUGGGUUGCUACACAGUAAAUAAAAAAAGAAAUGCACUAAACCACAGGUUUGCCCCCAUAAGUUUGUUAAUUAAUUUGGAGUGAAAGGUUAUAGCGUGAGUCUGGGUUGUGUCAGAGAAAUUGCAACGGUCAGGCAAAUAUAAUCUGUGUACCUAAUAAAUAGUUUUUUGCAAUAAUAAUUAGUCGUUUUCUUAAUGAGUACAUUCAUUUACUCACAGCCUUUGGUUUGAAAAUACUUGUUCCUCUGAAGAGUUGGCCCGUGAUCGUAUUUUACUCAUUACCUUCCUAUCUUGGCUGGGUUUUUCUGAGGUAAAGAUUGCUUGCCUGCGCGGGGAUGGAGAGCUACGAGGACUUCUGCACACGCAGCUUGGCACACCUGCAGGCGCAGGGGCAGACCCACGGCGUGGCCACCCACCAGCAGGGGGAGCUCUCCAUCAUCCAGUUCCAUGGAAUGCCAGUACUGUCACCUCUGCUGAGCCCGGAGCGGCGGCAGGAGAUGACGCAGUACAGGCAGCGGGCCGCGGCGCUGGAGGAGCAGCGGCUGAGGCUGCGCAGGAGCUCCCUGCUGUCCCGCGUGCAGGAGAUCCUGGACAGCGCGCAGGUCCGCAAGGUGCCAAAAGAGGGCGACUCUGUCUCCAGCAGCUGCUCCCUCAAACCGGAGGCCAAGAACGGCUUUGCCCUGCUGCCCGACCUGAACGGAUUGCCAAAGGGGAAAGUGUCUGCUGGGGAUGCUGCGCCCCUGAGGACCAGAGAGCAUCAUCCCCUGCAGCACAGCGGUGCCUCACUUUGGCCAAAGGGGGAGGAGGCAGAGGACAGGAGCUGCUCACUGAACCUGCAGAGCCUGUUGAGGAAAUCGAGGGAGUACCUGGAGAGGGAGCAGAGCCAGCGCGGUUUCCGCAGCAAUCACAGGGCAGCUCCGUGCCUGGGCGAGAGUCUGUCGGACAAGGAGAAUGAGAGUGGGGAUGGGAGCGUGAGUGGGGGGUCAGGAGGGGAGCCCACCCACGGGCCUGGCCGCAGUGGCGGCUGCAGCCCCAACCCCCCCCCGCCGCCGUCGGGCUCCGACUCCGACGGCCCCGACUCGCUGUCCUUGCUGCCCCGCAGCCUGACGGGCUCCUACGCCCGCCUCCCCAGCCCCGAGCCCAGCCUGAGCCCCAGGGUGCACCGGCGUCGCCCACGGCCCCUGUCUGCCGGACACAUCGUCAUCACGUGCCCGCUCAGCGCCUGUGAGCUCAGCCCCUGCCUGGACCGGCAGGCCGCACGGGGAGAGGAGACCUCGCCGCCAAGGGUGUUCCCUGGGGACCCGGGUCCGGCAGAGCCCUCCACCCUCGAUAAGAGACACAGCAGUCCCGUCCCGCCCCUGGAAGCCCAGGACAGGGAGGCCCCAGUCUUCCGCAGACGCUCCCAGACCAUGGACAGCCACCUCUCGCCUGCCGGUCUCCGAGCGUCCCGGGAGAGGGUUCCCGGGUUUCUGGGCGGUCUGCCCUGCCGGGGGUCCCGUCGGCGCUCACCUGCCCCCCUCAACCAGUCUUACGACGUGGAGAGCCCCUCGCCUGUUCUGCUGCGCCCCUGCGUCGGCAGCCCGUCGCCCGAAGCGGGAUCCGUGAGGAGGAGGCUGGAGCUGGAGGGCACUCGGGGGUCCAGGGAGGGCCGGCUGACUCCCAGCCAGCCAGCCAGGCCGGGGGAGGAGCAGGGCAGUCAGCCUGAGUCACCGGGCAGCAGUGUGGGGGAGGAGCUGGUGAAGCGGCAGGUCCUGGCUCUGGAGGAGAUGAGGCGCAAGCUGGAGAAGGAACACGCCCUGCAGCUGUCACUGCUGAUCGCCGAGCAAGAAAGGGAACAGGAGCGCCUCCGUCAGGAGCUGGAGGAGCAGGAGAGGCGCCUGAGGGAGCAGGGGUCUGAUCUGGCCCAGGCAGGGGACGUGGGAGACGAGUGGCGGGACAUCAGCGAGAGCUGUCCUGCGAGCACCACUCUGGUCCAGGGAGAGAAGUCCUCUGUUCACACCGCACACAGAAUGGGGUUCCCUGCGCAGCUCAGCUCUCACGCCGUCCAGCCUACAGAACAGCCUCCCUUCUACCUUUGGGCCUCGCAGCGCGGGGGCACUAAACUCAGGGGCAGGAUGGCACAGUCUGUCCCUCCUGAGCUGCACAGGUGGCUGUGUAGGCUGACCGCUGUGGCCAAGGGCUUCCUGACGCGCAGAUUGCUGCAGACAGAGAAAGUCAAGCACCUGCGGCAGACCGUCCAGGACACCAAGGAGUUCAUCAGGACCUUCCAGAGUGAAGCACCACUGAAGCGUGGAGCCAUUUCUCCCCAGGACAUGUCGCUGCAGGAGAGAGUACUCGCACAGCUGCGGGCUGCUCUGUUUGAUGUGCACGACAUCUUCUUCGUGAUGCCACUGAGUGAGAGGCUGGGCCUACUGCAGCAGGACAGGCAGCUACGCAAGGAGAGGAAGCUGAGGGAGAUGGAAAAGGCGAAGAGUCCUCGAGAGAAGGUCACGUUGUCAGUAGCCACCCAGAAAUCCCUGGACAGGAAGAAGCAGAGAGUUGGCGACACAAUGGGCCAGAACAAGAAGACUCAACAGAAGCCAAAGAGCCCUCCAACCAACAGGGUCCUUCAACCAAACCAGGGCCAGAAUGCCCCAGUUCCUGGUCACCUGCACAGACAGGGGAGUCUGUACAGGAAGAACCCUGAGGAGCGGGUCAAGCGCUCUGAUAGCCUGAGGAAGCAGCAUUCUCUGGGAUAGACGUCCUGCCAAGCAAAUGCAGAUUCUUCCCAUUCCUCUCCAAGCGCAUAAUCGACACAGGGGCCUCCCCACUCCUGGGGAACGAGCCCACAGCUCUGACUCUGAAAUGGGGUGUCACGGAGCCCCUGUGGGCAGGUGGCGUCUUCUCACAGUUUUAUUCAAAAUGUUUAAUGUUUACACUGAGUCAGUUUUAAAAAGUGAACAAAGAAAUGCACUCUUGCUGCAAGACGUAUGUAAAUUAGUUUAUCUUAAAGGAUCAAAUGUUUUUAAAGGAAUGCCAAACCAGAGAGGUGAAUUUGGGGGUGUAACACAAGCUGCUUUGAACUGUUGCAUUUCAAACUUUCCAUGUAUUUAAAAGUCCUGUAGUUACUGACAGCAAUGCACUGUCUAGAUGAGGUAUUCUUCACUCAAGUGUAACUGGGUCUUGUGUAGUGCUGCAGCCACUCAAAACAAGCAAAUCAAGCCUUCUUUCUACUUUGCACUGACAGUUUUUAGGCCAGGGUUUCAGUCUUUGUCGUCAGGGUACCCUCUGCAUUCAUUGUUGUUAUAAAUUGUUUUCUAAUUGAAUUGUUUUCCAUACUUGGAUUACAGUUCAUGUCAUUGUAACCAUUACUCUCUCUUUUUCCUGUUUCACAAACAAUGCAGUGUGUCCUCAACAUAUUUAUGACAUUUCUCUUCACAGUUAGUUCAUAGAGAACUGAUUGUGGCCUUGCCAGUUACUAGCUGUGUGUUUUUUACAUCUGUGAACCCCGUGACUGCAAAGGGGAGGAUGAAGACGUGUAGUCGGUCUCCCCUGACCCUCCCACCUUCAAGCCACUUGUCUUUCAGUGCGUCACAAGUACCACAUGUCAGACCAGUGGUUCUGUGCUGACUGACUGAUUUCCUUACCAUGGGGAGCACUGUAUUGCUGAGAGCCCUGGCCAACUCAUCCUACCACUUGUGAAAUCUCAGUCACAGUGGGUGUCUUAACUGGUUGAGUUCCUCAAGAGAGCCAAUUAAAACCAAUUAACCAAUUACAUCCGAUUAUAUAGCUCUGGUGGGAAGAAAACUGGCAGACAGAAGUGAUUCUGGGGAAAAGGUCAGGAAAUGAUCUUUUCUUGCUGUAACGCCCUACUACCUUAAUAUAGUCAUCAGCAGUAUAAGGGAUGUCAGUAUGUUUCAUGGAGUAACUUGUAAGUAGAAAGGAUCACAGAGCCGAGGUAUAUGCCCAGUCUAAGAUGAUUAUGAGGCACUGGCCUUAUGUGAUAGCCAAACCACAGGGAGCAGAGAUGAAAAUAAUUGUACUGAAGCUGUCCAGCAGGUGAGCUCUUGAAUCACAGUUCACUUACUGAAUUUCAGGAGUGUUUUUCAAAUCUCGGGAACUAGUAUCUAUCCAAGCCUGGGCCUUGUAUGUGCCUCUCCUUCUCCUGUCUGAGCACUAAUGUACUGCAGGAGACACUGUUUUGCCAAGUCUCAGUUUGUCUGUUCUCCAGCCAAGUGCACUAUAGUGCAAGUUUAACUUAGUUAUAGUAUUGCUUUGACUACAUAGUAUGCAGAAUGUGUUCCCUAGAUCAGAAUGCAUAAACCACAUUGAUAGUAUUUUAGACUGUAUAGAGUUGUUACAAGUGUAGAUAAUAAGUUAAGAUUUGUAUAAUUGUUUUAUGAUCUGUACCAGUAUCCUCUUUAAGUCUGCUCUGUACCUCAUUUCGUGAAUUUUGCAGAGCAGUCAUUUUUGUUGCAGACUUAAAGUGGAUACUAGUACAGUCUUUUAGAGAAUGUGGCCCGUGCUCUUCUUAGCUUGCCUUUUGCAGAAGUACUACCCUCUCUGCAAUUAUGAUAUUGAUGACAGAGGUGGUGUUGUAUUGUGCAGGACUGUUAGUUUCCAUUCCCAAAUGAAACAGGCCAUGACACAGUAGCUGUCCUUUUAAUCAUAUGUUUACAUUUUGCAUCUGAUUGUAUUUAAUUUUGUAGUUCUAGAAACAUUUUGAAACUAGUAGUUUUUUUAUUUAAAAUGUUUUAUUUCAUUUUGGCAGCUUGGCUAGAAGCUGUUGCUCUGCACAGAGUGCUACAAAUCAAAAGUGGCUUUUGUGUUUUUUUGUGUUUCCACAGGUCAGAAAGGUGUAUAAUAAAAUAGCUUAUUUAUCCGAGCGUGUUCUAGCAGGCACAGCUUGGUUUAGUUGUGCUGUAUUACCUUGGCUCUGACAGCCCUCUGCUUCCAUCUGCUGCACAACUAGACAAGAUCUGGUAGACUGUGAGAGGAGGACACUAGUUGAUCUACAGCUCCGUUUUAAUUAGGUGGGGAUAUCCAAGAUCUCAAUAUGCAGAACAAGAAGGAGCUCAUUUUAAAAAGCAGCCUGGGAGACUAUAGCCCUAUAAAAUCUGAAAUUAGGUCAUACUAGGAUUAACUUAUAUAUAUAUAAUAUUUAUCUCAAUAGUAUUAGUUUAGUUAAUAUUCUAAAUACUAAUUGUAUAGUAUUAUAGGGAAACUGUAGGUGAAAAAUGUAAAGACUGCUCUUCAAUUUCUUUUAAUGCCUUAACCCGCCCGGCAGAGAAGAACAGAAUUUCAGCCCCCCGUUGUGACGUUUUACGAUUUAGUGCCGAGUUGUGGGCACAGCUACGGUACCACUGUCCUCCACACACCAGGGCCCGUCUGGAGAUGCCCGUCCCUGCCAGAAGCCCACGAGUGCCAGUGUGCCUGUCUUUCAGCACCGCAGACUUGCUGGCUGCUUACCGCUCCCAUGCUGUGUUGCAAUGCUGGGUUCUCUUUUUAAUUUCCUUGCAUCAUUUUCUGUGUGUAUUCAAUUAUUUAUUCUUUUGUAUGGUAUUCUUAAUUCCUGUUUAUAAGCAUGUUGAAUUAAUUAAAAAAAAUAUAUCAA